AUGCACGAGAUGCUUCGGAUGACAUUCCAAGACUUUGUGUUUCAGGUUGCGGAUUUUAUGGGUAAGAUUAUUAUACACAACUAUUUUUUCUUCACAGUUACAAUUUCAAACUGCAGAAACCCAGAAAAAAUGUUCUUCUGCUCAAUAUGUUAUAAGGCAGAAGAAUUAAGAAUAAAAAGUAUUCCCGCCCCUCACGAAUUAAAAGGCAAUAGUGACUCAAUAGCGCAAGAUCAAAAUGAACAUGAUGAUUUGAAUGCUGGGGGGAAUAAGAAACCUUCAAACCCGGGUAGAUGCUUUCAGUGCAACAAAAAAAUAGGAAUUUCUGGUUUUAAGUGUCGCUGUGAAUAUACUUUCUGUGCCUCUCACAGGCAAUACAAUAAGCACAACUGUACUUUUGAUUUUAAGUCGCAUAGCCGCGAAGCUCUUUCGAAAGCAAACCCUGCAGUCAUUGCAGAUAAGAUUGAAAAGGUAAAGUUUGCUAUUUUUUAG